AUGUCCUCCUCCGCUGUUACCUCUCUCUAUCGGCGUUCCUUGAAAUUGUCCCUUGACUGGGCCGUCCACCGACAAAUAUGGCGUGGACAAGCGGUUUAUAUCCGAUCCCUCUUUGAAGCCAACAAGGACGUCCGCGAUCCUCGCCAGCAACAGAUUUUGCUGCGCGAGACAGAGAAGCUGUUAGAGACCUGGAAGCACCCUGAUCCAUACCGGGCACCCACUGCCCCCGGCGGCAACAAAUGGGAGCGCAACCUGCCCGCCCGUAUCCUGCCGUACGCGCAAUCCCCGGGUGCACACUAA